AUGAUUGUCAUACUCUCGCUACUUCUUCUUGGUCUCGUCGCUGACGCAGCAAAUGUGACGGACACCUCGUCGUCAGAAAUUGCGUUUGAACUUCCUACGGCUGACAUUGUACAGCAGGACUGGGAUAAUGCCACUAUUCUCACUAACCUAACGGAUAAGCUGAAAUCUGCAAACAAUGCGGUGACAAAUUUCCAAUCGGAUUGCUCGGAUCCUCACAAUAAGGAGAUUGCUUGCUCGGUUCAUGUCGUUGGUUGCGCUGAGCAGCUCUUCGAACCUGUGGCAGCUGGUCAUGAGCCACCAGAGGCCCACGAUGUUCGAGUUGAAGCUUUUGCCAAGGCAAUGGCAAGACAAGAGGGCCAUCAGCUGCACGUGGACAUCUCCUGGCAAAGGCCCCCAAAAAACAACUCGGUUCUUUUGCGUGCUUUCAAAUUGCAAGUUAACGGAACCGAAGGUGACACAUGUUUUGUUUUCAACGUUACCGAUUCUGAAUGGACACAGGACUCAGCAUCGAUUUUUUUCCUCAAAAUUCAUAAAAGCAUGGGACGAAUAGAUGGAGAAAGAAUUUUUACGUUUUAUCUUUACAUCAUAGCUACCCUUCAAUGGUGUAAGGGCGGGGGUAGAAAAGAACUCGUAUUAUUUUCGGAAGUGGCCCAAUGA